AUGAUGGACCAUUCCAAUGUCAAAGUGUUGAGUAGUCCUGACGAUAUACCAGUGGGGAAGAAAAUGUUUCAUCCGGCUCCAAUAUCACAGACUCACAAAGACACGUUGGUGAAAACACAUCUCGUAACAGGAGAUCACAAUAAGAGUGCGAAGCAUACUUCAAAGUUACAUACACACACGGCUAGUCUCCAUUCUUUGUCAAACUCAGAGUCCAAUGCAGAGAGUGCGCGGUUUUCGGACGGGGAACUGACAACGUCCACUCCAACCUCGCUGGAGGAGACUGCGCUCCGCAACAAGUGUCACUCGAGGUCAGGCUCGAUAAAUUCAAGGUGCAGCAUUAACAAUAACAUAAACAACAAAAACUUGCAUGGAAGUUCCGCAGAUGUGGUCACUAUCAAAAGACGAGACACUUUACAAGAGCAUAAUUUAUCAAAUAAACAGGAGUUAAACGAAGAUAUAACCGCGCAUAGUAAUACACUCCCGCAUACCACGGGGAUGACCAGCGACCAGGGGAGCGUGCUAACCGUGAACAGUCUCAUCGAAAACGACUCGUAUAUUCAGGAUAUCGAAGAUGAUAGGAUACUGUUGAAUAAGAAAGUAUCCAGGAGACCCGUCGGUUUGAAGAGGAAAGAUACAAGAGACUCAACUGGGAGAACAAACAUACCGUUCCAGUCAACAAAGCAUUCGCAGAUUUUGCCCGUGGAUGAAACGGACGCAAACUACGAGAAAUAUCAGCAAGAGCAACAGGAACUCGCGUCUGUAGAACAGCAGAGAAGGUAUAACAACAAAACGGGGCAUCAUCACCGGAUUUCGUCCGUAUCGCUACCUAUGAAGAAACAGUUGCAUGGACAACAGGCAGAAUCGAAGUCGGCACCCCUGGUGGAUGCAACCGUCAGUAAGAAGAACAAGAAAUCCCCUGGUCUUAAGAAAUCGGAUACGGCCACGCGCGAAAUACAGAAGAUGAGGAAAAGUCUAUUGCAUAAGAGAGAGAUGAGAAGGAAUAGGAAGGCAUUCUUGAUGGACGAUGACCGCGUGCUGAUAGGGAACAAAGUCAGUGAGGGCCACGUCAACUUCAUCAUCGCGUACAACAUGCUCACAGGGAUCAGAGUAGCCGUGUCCCGGUGUUCCGGAAUAAUGAAACCACUGACUCCCGCAGAUUUCAAAUGUAGCAAGAAACUUGCGUUUGACUACCACGGGAAUGAACUGACCCCUUCGUCACAGUACGCAUUCAAGUUCAAGGAUUACUGCCCAGAAGUGUUCAGAGAGUUGAGAGCGCUGUUCGGACUCGACCCAGCGGAUUAUCUUGUGUCUUUAACCUCGAAGUACAUACUCAGUGAACUGAACUCACCGGGGAAAAGCGGGUCGUUCUUUUAUUACUCAAGGGACUAUCGGUACAUCAUCAAAACAAUCCAUCACUCCGAGCACAUUCAUCUGCGGAGGCACGUCCAAGAGUACUACAACCACGUCAGAGAAAAUCCGAAUACAUUGAUAUGUCAAUUUUACGGGCUGCAUCGUGUCAAGAUGCCCAUUUCCUUCCAAAACAAGAUCAAGCACCGCAGAAUCUACUUCCUCGUGAUGAACAACUUGUUCCCUCCCAAACUGGAGCUGCAUAAAACGUUUGACCUUAAGGGUUCCACUUGGGGUCGACUCACCACAGUCGAUAAGGACAGGGCAGCAAAUGACCCAACCUACAGACCAGUCCUCAAGGAUCUGAACUGGCUACAAAUGAAACAGCGGAUCCAGUUUGGCCCAGAACGGAGGGAAAAGUUCUUGGUACAGCUCCGCAAGGACGUCGCACUGCUGAUAAAAUUGAACAUAAUGGACUACUCUCUACUACUGGGUAUACACGACAUACGGCAGGCCAAACAAGAGGAUGAGGACACGGCGGAUUUGCUAGAGCUUGAAGAUGAGGCCCCAUAUGAUCGGCCAGAAGAAGCACAAGCUACAAGCGCGGACCCAGCGAGAGACUCGAUAGCCGGGAAGCAAAACCACACAACAGCGCAUUCCAAUAUCAUACCGCACUAUUUCAAAAGUGACGAGGGUGGCAUACGUUCGUCGUUGGAGGACAAUUCGGACGGCGACUUCAUAUACUACGUGGGCAUCAUUGACUGUCUGACAAACUACUCUCUCCUGAAAAAACUGGAAAGUUUCUGGCGAAGUCUGAGCCAUGACCCAAAAGUGGUAAGUGCUGUGCCACCCAAAGACUACGGUAACAGGUUCUAUCAUUUCAUGCUGGAUUCCGUGGACGCAAAACCAAUGAAACCUUAUAAAGAUGAUCCAGCGGCACAGCCUUAUCAAGAUUGA